AAACGCGGCUCUCCAGCCCCUGCGCCUUCUUCUGCCGCCGGAGCAGCGCCAUGGCCAAGGAAGGAGCCGGGAAAGCUGAGGAGACGGAGCAGAUGAUCGAGAAGGAGGCUCCCGAAGGCGGCGGCAGCGGCAACGGAGAGAACGGCGGCGGCAACAACAGCGGCGGCGGCGGCGUCGUCCCGAAAGCCGGGGAUGCCAAAGAGAUGCGAGCCGUGGUGCUCUCCGCUUUCGGGGGCCUCAACAAGCUCCGGGUGUCUAAAAAAGUGAUGCCGGAGCCUCAGGAAGGAGAGCUGAAGAUCCGCGUGAAAGCCUGUGGCUUAAAUUUUAUUGAUCUGAUGGUUCGCCAGGGGAACAUUGAUAAUCCACCUAAAACACCACUUAUACCUGGAUUUGAAUGCUCUGGAAUUGUAGAAGCUCUGGGUGAAAAUGUGAAAGGCUAUGAGAUUGGAGACAGAGUCAUGGCAUUUACUAACUACAAUGCCUGGGCUGAGGUUGUGUGCACCCCGGUUGACUUUGUGUACCAAAUUCCUGAUGACAUGAGCUUCUCUGAAGCAGCUGCUUUUCCUAUGAACUUUGUAACGGCAUAUAUGAUGCUCUUCGAAGUUGCCAACUUGAGAGAAGGCAUGUCCGUGCUGGUUCAUUCUGCUGGGGGCGGAGUGGGACAAGCUAUUGCUCAGCUCUGCUCAACGGUUCCCAAUGUUACUGUCUUUGGAACGGCUUCUUCUUUCAAGCAUGAAGCCAUCAAAGAGUCUGUGACCUACCUGUUUGACCGAAAUAUGGAUUAUGUCCAAGAAGUUAAAAAAAUCUCUGCAGAUGGUGUAGACAUUGUCCUGGAUUGUCUUUGCGGUGAAAAUACUGGUAAAGGCCUCAGUCUACUCAAACCACUUGGGACUUACAUUUUAUACGGCUCAUCAAACAUGGUUACUGGGGAAACCAAAAGUUUCUUCAGCUUUGCAAAAUCGUGGUGGCAAGUGGAGAAAGUAAAUCCUAUCAAACUUUAUGAAGAAAACAAAGUCAUGGCUGGAUUUUCUCUGCUGAACCUGCUUUUCAAACAGGGCCGAAGUAGCCUUGUCACUAAAGUAAUGGACAAUCUCAUAAAACUUUACAACGAGAAGAAGAUCAAACCAGUGGUUGAUUCACUGUGGGCACUGGAAGAGGUGAAGGAAGCAAUGCAAAGAAUCCAUGACAGAGGUAAUAUAGGAAAAUUAAUUCUGGAUGUGGAGAAGACACCUACUCCUUUGAUGGCCAACGACAGCACAGAGACCAGCGAAGCUGCCGAAGAGGAAGAAGACCACGAGGGGGACAGUGAGAACAAAGAGUGUAUACCAUUCAUUCAACAGUAGUUGGAAAAGGUGGGAAAUGAGAGCUGGACGAGUUGAUGAAGCAGAAGAAGGGAAGACAACUGGGGAAACCCAUUUUGUGCACCAGUGAACAAAUGCUCUAGUACAGUGUGUGCUGUUUUGUUUUUCCUUUUGUCUGCAGUCAGCUGAGCUAUCAGGUGUUGGUCAUUGAUGUUUUGAACUGAAGUGCCAUUCUGACUUUCCCAGUAUUAAGACAUUCCAUCCUGUGGUCUCCAGUUUGCCUGUAAGAGUCUUGUUGAAUACCUAUCAAAAGCCUUAUUGUCAUCUACAGCGAUAGGAGACACAAACAUCUUUCCAUGUUGGUUCCAGAAAUAAAUUUUCAAUCCACUUUGAUAGGGUUGACAUGGGUUAGUUUUGGAGAGAAGCAGGGGAUGUUAGGUUCUGUGGACAGGUAGUCCAUAUGUACAAUAAUUGCAGAUAUGCAUAGCCCGGACUGUUCUUGGCAUUUUGGCCACUUAAAACAUGAGUAUUCCCAGACUAACACCCCCCCCCACCUAUUACCAAUUUUAUUUAGGUAAUUUAAAAUUAAAAUUGAGAGCCAGUUUAAUGUGAUAGUUAAAGCAUCAGGCUAGAAAGCAGGAAAGUGUAAAUUGUAAUUCCACUUUGGGAACCAAGCCAGUUGAAUAAUCUUGGGCCAGUCAUUUUCUGUGAGCUCUAAGAACCAGGCAAUGGCAAACCACUUUUAAAAAACCUUGCCAAAACAGGGGGAUGGUAGAAAUCCUUUAGGCAAUCCAAUCUGAGAAUUGGACACCAUUGAACCAAAGAGAAACAAGUUAAAAUUAGUGAUUUGAUAAUAUGGGGCUGGGUGUGGGGAUGUGGAUGAAAGGAAUUCAAGUUAUUAAAAUGUAGUUACAGUGAAGGAAACAAGAAAAAAUAUUUCAUGCUUGCUUUCUCUUUGGUGACACCUAAUUUUUCUUUUUCCCCAGCUCCCCUGUUCAGACUGAUCCACAGGCAAACUUUCUACUCAUGUUUUAUAAUAAGUGGGAAAGUUAGUACAAAUAGACCCUCCCUCUAUUGAUAAACUGAUACAAAGCCUUAAACCAUUGCAUAGGCCAAUGUUCUCCUUCAUGACAAAAUUCUAAUCAUUAACUGGGCAA